UUAACAGCAAUUCCAACUUCCUGCUAGAGAACCAAUUACAAUAUCAGAAGUUACAAAGGUUGGUCAGUCCCAUAACUGUCUCUAUAGUUACUGUUAACUUCAAGGAAGCAAGAUCUCCCAUUCUCUUCUAAGCACGAGGAGCCGUCAAGAUGAAUCCUCAGGUAGUUAUGAGCCAGCCACAGAUGGUGAUGGUCCAACAUCAAAGCCCUGAAUGGCAAACAGGCUUACUUGAUUGUUUCAAUGAUUGUGGAGUGUGUGUGUGUGGAUUGUUUUGUCCCCUGUGUUUGGGGUGCCAAGUUGCUUCAGAUAUGGAUGAAUGCUGUCUCUGUGGCUUAAGCAUGGCCAUUAGAUCUGUGUAUCGGACAAAAUACGGCAUUCCGGGAUCCCUCAUGGGUGACUUUUUUGCAACAAUAUGUUGCCAGCUUUGUAGUCUUUGCCAACUCAAGAGAGACAUCAAUCAAAGAAAAGACAGGGGAAUCUUCUAGAAAGAUUUGGCUGUAUUCAGCAGAACAUGUCCUGCCAUCUCAAAUCCCUCUUAUGCUUCCUGGUUAUCUUUUAUAAUCAAACCAAAUCAUUCUUUGAAAUGAUUCCCAGUAAAUGUGUUCUCUGAACGAUAAUACACCGGACACAGAAUAAUACAGCAUUUUAAAGAAA